ACAAAACCCGGUGUUCCGAAGCAAAAGGGUCCGUGCUUUCCUCGCCCGAUUCGUCCGGUAGCCGCACUUGGCUUCCAAACAAUAGCCGAAAGCUUGAAAGAUCGUUGCCAGAUUGCAUCUGUCCUUCCUUCCAAAUAAGGCUGCCUGGCUAUAAAUACUGCUCGCUUGGCGCCUGCUGCGCUGCUCCAACGUUCACCUCUCUCUCUCUCGUUCAUCCUUGGCGCAUGCCUCCCGUAUGAACACGCCCAUGCCAGCCACAGCAUAAGGCGGCUGCUGUGCCACCGAUCGUGCAUGCCUCGAUCUCGUCUACCAUUACUCGAACCCUAGAUAGCGAGAAAGCCUGGUGUUUCUGGAGGAGGCAGCCAUGAUCCCUGCCGUUGCUGAUCCGACGACGCUGGACGGCGGGGGCGCGCGCAGGCCGUUGCUCCCGGAGACGGACCCUCGGGGGCGGGCUGCCGCCGGCGCCGGGCAGAAGCGGCCGCCGGCGACGCCGACCGUUCUCCCCGCCGUCGUCUCCGCCGUGCUCCUGCUCGUCGUCGUGGCGGUCACAGUCCUCGCGUCGCAGCACGUCGACGGGCAGGGUGGGGGCGUUCCCGCGGGCGAAGAUGCCGUCGUCGUCGAGGUGGCCGCCUCCCGUGGCGUGGCUGAGGGCGUGUCGGAGAAGUCAACGGCCCAGCUCCUCGGCGCCGGCGCGCUCCAGGACUUCUCCUGGACCAACGCGAUGCUGGCGUGGCAGCGCACGGCGUUCCACUUCCAGCCCCCCAAGAACUGGAUGAACGAUCCGAACGGUCCGCUGUAUCACAAGGGCUGGUACCACCUCUUCUACCAGUGGAACCCGGACUCCGCGGUAUGGGGCAACAUCACCUGGGGCCACGCCGUCUCGCGCGACCUCCUCCACUGGCUGCACCUACCGCUGGCCAUGGUGCCCGAUCACCCGUACGACGCCAACGGCGUCUGGUCCGGGUCGGCGACGCGCCUGCCCGACGGCCGGAUCGUCAUGCUCUACACGGGCUCCACGGCGGAGUCGUCGGCGCAGGUGCAGAACCUCGCGGAGCCGGCCGACGCGUCCGACCCGCUGCUGCGGGAGUGGGUCAAGUCGGACGCCAACCCGGUGCUGGUGCCGCCGCCGGGCAUCGGGCCGACGGACUUCCGCGACCCGACGACGGCGUGGCGGACGCCCGGCAACGACACGCCGGCGUGGCGGGUCGCCAUCGGGUCCAAGGACCGGGACCACGCGGGCUUGGCGCUGGUGUACCGGACGGAGGACUUCGUGCGGUACGACCCGGCGCCGGCGCUGAUGCACGCCGUGCCGGGCACGGGCAUGUGGGAGUGCGUGGACUUCUACCCGGUGGCCGCGGGAUCAGGCGCCGCGGCGGACAGCGGGGACGGGCUGGAGACGUCCGCGGCGCCGGGGCCCGGGGUGAAGCACGUGCUCAAGGCCAGCCUCGACGACGACAAGCACGACUACUACGCGAUCGGCACCUACGACCCGGCGACGGACACCUGGACCCCCGACAGCGCGGAGGACGACGUCGGCAUCGGCCUCCGGUACGACUACGGAAAGUACUACGCGUCCAAGACCUUCUACGACCCCGUCCUUCGCCGGCGGGUGCUCUGGGGGUGGGUCGGCGAGACCGACAGCGAGCGCGCGGACAUCCUCAAGGGCUGGGCAUCCGUGCAGUCAAUCCCCAGGACGGUCCUCCUGGACACGAAGACGGGCAGCAACCUGCUCCAGUGGCCGGUGGUGGAGGUGGAGAACCUCCGGAUGAGCGGCAAGAGCUUCGACGGCGUCGCGCUGGACCGCGGAUCCGUCGUGCCCCUCGACGUCGGCAAGGCGACGCAGUUGGACAUCGAGGCUGUGUUCGAGGUGGACGCGUCGGACGCGGCGGCCGUGACGGAGGCCGACGUGACGUUCAACUGCAGCACCAGCGCUGGCGCGGCGGGCCGGGGCCUGCUCGGCCCGUUCGGCCUUCUCGUGCUGGCGGACGACGACUUGUCCGAGCAGACCGCCGUGUACUUCUACCUGCUCAAGGGCACGGACGGCAGCCUCCAAACUUUCUUCUGCCAAGACGAGCUCAGGGCAUCCAAGGCGAACGAUCUGGUUAAGAGAGUAUACGGGAGCUUGGUCCCUGUGCUAGAUGGGGAGAAUCUCUCGGUCAGAAUACUGGUUGACCACUCCAUCGUGGAGAGCUUUGCUCAAGGCGGGAGGACGUGCAUCACGUCGCGAGUGUACCCCACACGAGCCAUCUACGACUCCGCCCGCGUCUUCCUCUUCAACAACGCCACACAUGCUCACGUCAAAGCAAAAUCCGUCAAGAUCUGGCAGCUCAACUCCGCCUACAUCCGGCCAUAUCCGGCAACGACGACUUCUCUAUGACUAAAUUAAGUGACGGACAGAUAGGCGAUAUUGCAUACUUGCAUCAUGAACUCAUUUGUACAACAGUGAUUGUUUAAUUUAUUUGCUGCCUUCCUUAUCCUUCUUGUGAAACUAUAUGGUACACACAUGUAUCAUUAGGUCUAGUAGUGUUGUUGCAAAGACACUUAGACACCAGAGGUUCCAGGAGUAUCAGAGAUAAGGUGAUAAGAGGAGCAGGGAGCAGGUAUCGUAAAGUAUGUCUAUAAAGUAGUGCCAUCAAAAUCUAGUACAACUGAUUUUUAUCGGGUCA